AUGCUAAACAGCAACCAUCUGGAACCUAUUUACAGCAAUGACGAUCCGGCUACAUAUUUGCUCUACNAUGGAACAGGAACAACUCCUGAUUUAUUCUUGGCUUCAAGCGACAUCAGCGAGCAUACACGCCGCAAAAUAAUUGAGAAUUCUGGUUCUGGUCACAAACAAGUCAUUGCUAGUAUUACCAUCUGCAGCAAAAGCAUGUCAAGCAAAGUGCCAAAGAAGGCUGACUGGUCUAGAAUCACUAACCUUUUAGACAAUGAACUUCGCACAUGUCCCCUCAACUUCAACCAACAUUCUGACAAACUUUGUACUGAUAUAACGAAUAUUAUGAACUGA